AUGCUUAAAGCAAAGCGUCAUUUUUCAUGGCAGCUUACACGCUUUGCAGAGCAUCCUGACUUUAAAAUAGCCUCAAAUAUUUACACACAUACUGCUCUUGGUUCAAAACUAAUUCACUUAAAAUCUCCAGACCCUUUAAAAGCAUUUGGACUUCUUUUUCGCACAAAAUCUGAAAAUGAUAAAGGUCUUCCUCAUUCUUUAGAACGUCUCUGCUUAUGUGGAUCUCAAAAUUAUCCUAUAAAAGACCCUUUCUCGAAGAUGGGUAGCAGGUCAUUAAAUUCUUAUAUGAAUUCUUGAACUGGCUCAGAUUUUACAAUGUUCCCUUUUAGUACUCAAAAUACAAAAGAUUUCAGCAAUUUAUUAUAUGUAAAUAAGAUAAAUAAUUUAUUUAAUUUUUUGUAAUAAUAAACUACUUAUUGGUUUUUAUUUACUCCCCCAUCCGUGAUCGAACGGAGGGCUUGAUGAUUUUUGUUUUAAAAAUGUAUGCUUUAAAUGCAGCUUUUUAUAGAGAUUUCAUUAUACUAAAUAUCACUUAUAUAUCAAAAUAGUUUUUUAUCAAAAAUUUUGUUCGCUCACAGAGGUUUUUGUGUGGGUUUUUCAAUGGCUUUUUGUUGGCUUACUGAGGGGAGUUAGUAUAAAUCUUUACUUGGAUUCUGCUUUUUUCCCACUAUUAAAAUUAAGCGAUUUUAAAAAAGAAAUUUGGAGAAUUGAUACAAAUCAAGAGAAAAUCCAAUUCCAAGGAAACUUAUAUGGAGACAUGAAAACUGCUGCGAACGAUCCUGAUAAUUUUUUAUUGCAUUUUAUAAAUAGAUUUUUAUUUGAAGGAACGUCUUAUCAGUAUAAUAGUGGAGGAGAUUUUUUAGCCAUUCCUACUAUGAAGUAUGAAGAAUUAUUCUAAUUUUUAUAGAAAAUUUGACCUAUAAUCCUUAAUCUAUGCCUGUUUUAUAUAAAUCAACUAGAAAAUAUUUUUUCUAUAUUAAAAUCCUUUUACUAUAAAUUUGUGUAAUUGAUUAUCAUAAGAAAUUUUAUCAUCCUUCUAAUGCAACCUUUUUCUUUUAUGGUGAUUUAGAUAUACAAAAGCACAUAAAUGAACUCGAAGAGCAUGCAUUAAAUAAAUUCACUAACUCCCCCCCCUCCGUGAGUGAACAAAAAAAUUUUGUUCACUCACGGAGGGGGGUUAAUUUUGUUUUUUUUUAAAAAAAUUUAUAUAUAAAUUUUAUAAAAAAAUAUUUUUUUUCGAAAUUUUAAAAAAAAAAAUCCUAAUUCGCAACAAUUGGAAAGCAAAUAUUAAUUCAAUUUGCAAAAUUUAUGUUUUUUUAAAAAGCAAUUCGUUUAAAAAAUAAACAGAAUUAGCUUUAGAUUCAUUAUAAUAAUUAUCAUUUAUAUAUCAAAUUUUUUUUCCAUAAAAAAUUUUUCUAUUAAAAAAAUUUUUGUUCACUCACAGAGGGUGGGUUUUUGGGCAAAAAAUGGCGAUUUUUCUAAUGGUUUUGUUCACUCACGGACGGGGGGGGAGUAAACAAGAAAUUGACUCUGAAAUCAAAUUAGCGCCUAGAAGACAGCACCCUUUAGAAAUGACUGCAAGAAUCCCUAUGGGCUGAAAACCAAUUGACCCAAACCGUCCAUCCCAAUUUUCUAUGACUUUUCUCUGCAAUGAAAUUUCUAAAGACCCCUACUUAACCUUUUGUAUGGGAAUUUUAAGCUCAUUACUAUUAGAAGGGCCAGGCACACCAUUUUAUAAAUCCUUGCUAGAAAGCGGACUAGGACGAAAUUAUAUAGCUGGCAGCGGUUAUGACACAACAACAAAAGAAGCCACUUUUACCUUUGGAGUCACAGGGAUGAAUGAUGCUGAUAGCAGAAAGGUAGAAAACGCCAUUUUAAAAACCUUACAAGUCUGUAUGAAUGAAGAAUUUGAUUUAAAUAUGAUUGAAUCUACCCUUCAUCAGAUUGAAAUCAGAAAUAAAGAAAUUAAACCAAAUUAUGGGCUUUUGUUGAUAUCGUCAAUGAUUCCUUAUGCGCUGCAUGGAGAAGACCCUUUGCCACCUUUAUAUAUAAAUAAAUAUAUAAAUAGGUUGAGGGAAGAGCUGGCACAAGGAAUUCCGGUUUUUCAGAAUUUGAUAAGAGAGCAGCUGUGAAAUAAUCAGCACAAGCUAAUAUUGACUUCACAUCUUGAUCCUAAAUUGAUGAAAAAUUGGCUUGAAGAAGAAAAAAAUAACAUAGAAAAAUUAGAGAUAGUAAGCUUUUUUACAUAAUAAUGCAAUAAUAUUGAUGGGAGUGCUUAUAAAAUAAUUUAGAAUUUUAUAUAGAUUCUAUAGUUAUUCAUUUUUUUUAAGCAUAAAAGAAGAAAAUAAAGAAGAAGAAGAAAUUGAUGAAGGCUCAUUAGAAAAGGUAAAUACUCAAAACACAGAAAUCCAAGCAUUAAAUUCUUUACCCACACUAUUACCUACUGAUGUUGGUAUCGAGGUAGAAAAAAUCGAAUAUGCAAAAACGCAUGAGAUCAAUGGAAUUCCAUUAAAGUUCAUAUUGCAGCCAACUAAUGGAAUCACAUAUAUAAGGAUAAAAUUUGACGUAAUAGACCUCCCAGUCGACCUCGGAGGCUUAUUUCCUUUAUAUACAGAGCUCGUUAGCAAGCUCGGCACAUCAAAGUAUCCUUAUGAAACCUUCGAAAAAAUGAAAGAACUCUACACAAUUUCCGGCCUGAAUCUUGACCCCUUUAUUUCAUGUGAUUUAAACACAAUUGAUCGCCAUACAGAGCAGCUUUUAUUAGAAAUCGGAAGCUUAGACCAUAAUCUUCACAAUGCAUUUGACAUUUUAUCUGAUUUUUUAAUCCAGCCAAAUUUCAAUGACUAUGAAAGACUGACAUCAGAAAUCCAAAAAAGCACCAAAAAAAGAGCUGAUGGUCUAAAUAGAGAUGGGCUGGCUUAUGCUAUAAGUUUAUCGGCUUCUUCUAUUACUUCAGCUGCUAAUUCUUACGAAAAAUUACAAACACUGAACCAUGACUGUAAUCUUGCCAGCCUAAUCCAAAAUUCUUUAUCUACAAAGAAGGUUAUUGAUGAUGUGAUUUUUAGGCUAAAACAAAUACAUAGCUUUCUCAUGCAAAAAGGAAGAAUUUCUAUAUUAAUACAUAGCUCAGAUUUAUCUCAGUCUGCAGAAAUUAUUGAAAGAUUUGAGUUGUUAACAAAUGCUUUGAGUAUUGAAUAUCCGAAAUUUAAUGAAAAAAUUGAAAAAAUUACAUUGGAAAGGUUUGAGCCGUUUUUGUAUCAAAUUUAUUUUACACUCCCUAUGCAGGUUAACCAUGUAGUCGAAACUUAUAUGGGAACAUCUCUGUUAAAUAAAGAUUAUCCAGCUUUGCUUGUAUUAUCUGAAUUAAUGACGCUAAAUAUUCUUAAUCAUGAGCUGAGAGAAAAGGGUGGAGCAUAUGACGCAGGCUGCAGAGUUAAUCCUAGCAAUGGAACAAUUACGAUAUUUUCACACCGAGACCCAAAUAAUUUAAAAGUUUAUAAUGCCUUUGAAAAAUCUAUACAAGCUUAUUCAAGCGGAGAAUUUGGGUAUUAUUUAUAUAGGGAUAAUAUAUCUUUUAGAAUUGAAUUUUUAUUAAUUUAUAAUAAAAUUGUUAAUAUUAAAUUCAAAUUAAUAAAAUAUAAAAUAGAUGAAGCUAAAUUAGCGACUUUUGCGAAGGUUGAUAAGCCACUUCCAGCAUAUCAGAAAGGAUUAGCAAUGUUUAUUAACAGUAAAUUAUAUUUAGAUGUUACUAAUGAAAUGAGACAAAGUAUGAGAGAACAAAUAUUGGAAGUAAAAAGAGAUGAUUUAAUUAGGGUAAACCAUGAUUAUUUAAUGAAGCCUUUGGAAAAAGGAUUAAGCUCGAGAAUCAUUUUUGGAGUGGAGAAAGUUGAAAAAACUGUGCUAACUCCCCUCACUCUGUGAGAACGAAUUCAUUGAAAAAAUUCAUAUUUUUUUAGGUAAAAGCCCACCCUCUGUAAACAAAAAAUGUUUUUUAAUAUAAAAACUUUUUAUAAAAAUAUUUUUAUUUAUAAUUGAGAAUUAAUGUAAUAAAAUCUCUAGCUAAUUCUGUUUAAUUUUAAACAAAUAAAGUUGGCCUGCUCUAAACAGGUGAUAAUUGAAUAAUUUAGUUAGUUUAAUUUUAAAAAGCUUGCAUUUUAAAACAUAAAUUUUAAAAUUAAAUAAAUUUGUGCUUUCCAGUUUUUUGAGAUUUUGUAUUUUCUAUAUAAAUUUAAACAAAUAUCAAUCCCCCUCCGUUAGCGAACAAAAUAUUUUGUUCGCUCACGGUAAGGGGGAAUAAGAGAAGCUGGGUGGAUUGUUCAAAGACCAAUUGAAAUAGUGUCAGAUAAACUUAAUGCAGAAUCCUAA